UUUUCAGGUAUUAUCUGCUUUGAUAUUUUGAUUUAAGCCAUGAACAUGGGAAAUCAAAGUUUUGGGGCAGACUUUAUACUCCUUGGGCUUUUCCAAUAUGGCCAAAUGAACACUUUGCUCUUUGUUGCCAUCACCAUCAUCUUUUCAGUGGCUCAUGGGAACGUCAUACUGAUCCACUUCAUCCGACUGGACGCCAGACUCCACACCCCAAUGUACUGGCUCCUCAGCCAGUUGUCCACCAUCGACAUGAUGUACAUCUCCACCACCGUGCCCAAGAUGGCAACGGACUUUCCCUCACAGAGUAAGACCAUUACCAUUUUGGGCUGUGAGACGCAAGCAAGUAUGUUCUUGGUCCUCGGUGGGACUGAAGCCCUUCUUCUAGGUUUCAUGUCUUAUGAUCAAUAUGUAGCCAUCUGCCAUCCUUUACAUUAUCCUACACUUAUGAGCAAGAAGACUUGUUGCUCCAUGGUUUCGUGUGCAUGGACCACUAGCUCUAUCAACUCUUUAGUGCAUACACUCUGUGUAUUUCAGCUUCCAUUCUGUAGGUCUCGGCUCAACCACUUUUUCUGUGAAGUUCCGUCUCUAUUGCCAUUGGUGUGUCAGGACACCUCCCGGUAUGAGCAUGCUAUCCUGUUGAGUGUACUUAUUAUUCUGCUGCUACCAUUCAUGGCCACCCUAGCUACCUAUGUUCAUGUGCUUACUGUUGUAUUCCAGAUGAGUUCAGGUAAACUGCAGAAAAAAGCUAUUUCCACUUGCUCCUCCCACCUGAUUGUGGCAAGCCUAUUCUAUAUGACUGGUCUGUUUACCUAUACGAGGCCACACUCCUUGCAUUUCCCUUCACAGGAUAGGGUGGUGGCAGUAUUUUACACCAUUAUCACCCUUCUUCUGAACCCAUUUGUCUAUAGCGGGCAGAAAAAGGAAUUCAGAAAAAACAUGAGCUGUCUUUUGGGAUAA